UGGCAUAACCUCAAACAGCCGCAUGUAUUGAUAUCGACGCAUGUAUGCACGUAUAUUCUUCGAAUUUAUUAUGAACGAUUAUUCUUUGCGAACGUAUCACCGUAUCUUUCGCUUAAUUUCAUCGCAGUCCCAUCAGAAUUCUUCCAUCAGCGACACCUAGUAUUUUCUCGAAAAGACAUAAUCUGCAGUUUAUAGGGUUAAAAUGUCGAAAUUAGCGUAUCGCUUAAAGUCUAUUUAUCUUGCAUAUAUGGCAAAACCGAAGCUACCAAUACCACCCUAUAAACAUAUUGUUCAACUAGGAGAUCCCAUCCUACGCUAUAAAGCUGAACCUGUACCUCUCUCAGAAAUAGGAACUCCAGAAUUCUGUCAAAUAAUAGGUCUCAUGGCAAAAGCAUUGGAAAUAUUUAAUAUAGCAGGUCUGUCAGCCCCACAAAUAGGAGUUGGUAAACGGAUCAUGGCAUUUCAGUACCCAAGAAGCAAAGACUCUACUUACGAUGAAAAAAGUUAUAAGGCAAUGGAAAUGGAGGAAGUGCCGUUACAGUUUUGGAUCAAUCCUGAACUGAAAAUUCUAGACUGGGACAAAGUCUCACAUCCAGAAGGCUGUGCAAGUUUGAAAGGUCUCUGUGCAGACGUUCCGCGAUACAAAAAAGUUGCUUUAAAAGGUUACGAUGAACGGGGUCAGGAGAAAACCUUAGAGGCUAGUGGGUGGACUGCUCGUAUCAUCCAGCAUGAAAUGGAUCAUCUCGAUGGCGAUUUUUUCGUAGAUAAAAUGGUUCCUAAAACUCUUAAGAAUUCUGGAUGGCAGCUUAUCAAUCUUAAACAAGGGCGUAUUAAACUAGAUUUUGGGCCAUUUAAUAUGGACACUUAGGCACUAUUUUAUUCGAGUUUUUAAAAUUUGAGUUUUAAUGAAUUUUUGUACCUAAAUAAAUAAAUAAAGAAAUGAAACAAAUAUCAAA